ACGGCCACGGGGCUGGUGAUCAGCACGGGCGACCGCACGGUGAUCGGGCGCAUCGCCAGCCUGGCGUCGGGCGUGGAGAACGAGAAGACGCCGAUCGCGGUGGAGAUCGAGCACUUCGUGGACAUCAUCGCCGGCCUGGCCGUCUUCUUCGGCGGCACCUUCUUCGUGGUGGCCAUGCUGAUCGGCUACCCCUUCCUGCGCGCCCUCGUCUUCUUCAUGGCCAUCGUGGUGGCCUAC